CUCUUUAUAUAUAAAAGUUGCCAUGGCAAUCUCUUACCCAUACCAACCCCUUGACUUCAGUCUUCUCCCUUUACUGAGAGGACAUACUUUACUCUUGCAAAUUUCUUCCCUUCUAUUGACUAUUUUUCACUUUUGUCUCCAUCGCUUUUCUUACACUGAACUCCUCUGAAUUCUUACUUGUGGUCACUAAUAGAAAUGGCAUCAAGCUCUAUCACUUCUUCGCGUAGUUCUAGCUCGUCGUGGACACCCAAGCAGAACAAGCAGUUCGAGGAGGCUUUAGCCUAUUUCGACAAGGACACACCAGAUCGCUGGCAAAAUGUAGCCAGGGCAGUGGGUGGAAAAUCAGCAGAGGAAGUAAAAAGGCAUUACGAGAUCCUUCUGAAGGACAUCAUGCAAAUAGAAUCUGACCAAGUCCCUCUGCCCAGUUACAGGUCCGGUGGAAACAAUGGUAGAGCCAUUUAUAAUGGCCAGAGGUAGUGUUAUGGCCAAUGAAGAAUCUGAAGCUCCAAUGAAGUAAAAGAUGCAGCUAUGAUACAUAAUAGAUGGAUUUUAUUACAAGAACCAAUGCAUAAAAGUGUAAAGAGCAUUGCUCGGAAGUGGUUAUAGACUACUGUCGCCUCUUCGUUCUAUCUUCCCAUUGUUGGUACAUUUUCAAUUGAUGCAGCCUAAACCUAUGUGUAACUGUUUAUGUCAUCUUAACUUUUCUCUAUUUUUUUUACCAAAACAAACAAAAUCCAUGUUGUAAUGGGUUCUCUUAUUCGAGACCAUAUUUAGAGUACUCCUAAUGUUUUUGUUUUUA